CGCAGCGCACCGUCUGUCUGCGCCGCCGCGGGGGCCAGACCGGUAAAUUCCACCCGCCGCCUUCGCCGCCCCGCAUAAACCCUACCGCUACUACCACUACGGCUAAACCGAGUGCCCACUGCCCACACAGGCACACAGCCCACUGUCAAUUUCAGACCAGCUUCGAGCCUCCAUGUCCGUCGCUUCCCCGCACCACCUCCGGCCGGCGGCGCCGCUGCCAGCGGCGGCCUGCCGCGCUGGCGUCGCGGCGUCGCUCCGUCCCUGGUGGCCGCGGCCGCGCGCCCGCCGCGGCGCCGCCGUGGCCUCGUCCGGCGCCGGCGGCGAGGCGGCCACCUCGGCGGUGACGGUGGUGAGCGCGGCGGCGGCGCCCGCGAGCGCCGCGAGGGACACGGUGCGGCGCCACACGAUCUCUGUCUUCGUGGGUGACGAGAGUGGCAUGAUCAACCGGAUCGCCGGGGUGUUCGCCAGGAGAGGGUACAACAUCGAGUCGCUUGCGGUGGGGCUCAACAAGGACAAGGCCAUGUUCACCAUUGUCGUCUCCGGGACGGACAGGGUGCUCAACCAAGUUAUCGAGCAGCUCAACAAGCUUGUCAAUGUCUUGAAUGUCGAAGAUCUAUCUAAGGAACCUCAGGUUGAAAGAGAGCUGAUGCUUAUAAAACUUAAUGUUGAACCAUAUCAGCGUCCUGAGGUCAUGGUUUUAGUUGAUAUUUUCAGAGCAAAAGUUGUUGAUAUUUCAGAGAACACACUUACCGUCGAGGUAACUGGAGAUCCUGGCAAAAUUGUUGCUGUGCAAAGGAACCUCAGCAAAUUUGGGAUCAAAGAAAUUUGUAGAACGGGAAAAAUUGCUUUGAGACGUGAAAAAAUUGGAGCAACCGCCCGUUUCUGGGGAUUUUCUGCUGCUUCUUACCCAGAUCUCAUAGAGGCAUUGCCCAAAAAUUCUCUUCUUACUUCUGUAAAUAAGACAGUCAAUGGAAAUUUUGAUCAACCAUCCAAUGAAGGGGGUGAUGUCUAUCCUGUGGAACCUUAUGAGAGCUCAUCCAUGAACCAAGUACUUGAUGCUCACUGGGGCGUCCUUGAUGAUGAAGAUUCAAGUGGACUUCGAUCACAUACUCUAUCCAUCCUUGUCAAUGAUUGCCCUGGUGUUCUCAAUAUUGUUACAGGGGUCUUUGCUCGCAGAGGCUACAAUAUACAGAGUCUUGCUGUAGGCCCAGCUGAAAAGGCAGGCCUUUCGCGUAUUACAACUGUUAUUCCUGGAACUGAUGAAUCUAUUGAGAAGUUAGUUCAGCAGCUUUACAAGCUUGUUGAUGUGCAUGAGGUUCAAGAUAUAACUCACUGGCCUUUUGCCGAAAGAGAACUUAUGCUUAUCAAGGUUUCUGUGAACACUGCUGCUCGGAGAGACAUACUAGAUAUUGCUGAAAUAUUCCGGGCAAAACCUGUUGAUGUUUCUGAUCACACUGUUACAUUACAGCUUACCGGGGAUCUCGACAAGAUGGUUGCAUUACAAAGGCUGUUGGAGCCUUAUGGCAUCUGCGAGGUCGCCAGAACAGGGAGAGUGGCGCUGGUUCGCGAGUCCGGUGUCGACUCGAAGUACCUUCGCGGCUACUCCUUGCCGCUGUAACCUCCUGUGUGAAGAAAAGCACAGUAAUAAAAUGCUUCGUCGGUUGGUUGCUACUUGUUACAGCAGAGUGUAGUCAGGUUCCGUUUCAGCCGUGUUGUUUGUUGUGAGAUGCUGGUUUUGUUGUUUUCGUUCCUUCCUCUCUGUAAUGCGCCAACCCGCUGGUUUGGUCCAAAUAAAGAUCAUGAUGCAUUGGUGCGAGUUCACCUA